GAAUAAGUUGCCCGAUUCAUCCAACAGCGAUUAUGCCGGAGCAUUCGUUUCAGAGCCAAAAUAAGAGGGAGAGGGAAGAAGGUGGCGGCUGUCAACCCUUGAGCAAUUUUAAAUGCAAAUUAAAGUAUUGGUCCCGUUGGCCAUCGUCUGCUCUGGUUACGGUGAACACCGGCAGCAGUAGCAGCGAGCCGUCUCUACGAUGUAUUUGCAUAUUAAGUGGCCGCGACCCAAUAACAUCCCCAUACCAUUCAACCCCCGUGGAGCUUCAUGGAAUUUCACGAGCUUCGUUGGCCUCCCUCGUGCCGUCAGCAACUGGGAUAUCCUGUCGACGAGAAACUCGAAAAACCAAGGUACAUUUCACUUUGGACGAUCACUGAGAAUGCAACAUCCGUGUUUACUGGAAGUCGACAAGACUCCGGCGGAUUGGCUGGCGGAUGGAAUCGCGAUAUUCGGUAGUCCAUGAAACGGUUGCCCUCCCACAGGAAACGAUUUCACCCCAAACUACGACGGAAAGUUCACCGCAGAACGAUACGUUCGAUGUCGCUUUACUCCUCGCCGAGUGCCUCUCCUUCCGACUCGUUUCUCUCCCUUUCCGUGAUCCGACCUCUUUUUCCUUCUCUCUCUUCUCUAUCUCUAUCUCCUCAGGAAGGCUCGUAUCUGUUGCUUCUUCUUCUUCUGGAUGUUUGAACCGAGCCAAGGGAUGGGCGACGUAGAAAGGGUUGGCAGGAUUGUGAACAUACCGCAACAGGCUUGUAGCUUCGUAUCGUCGAUCCCUUCGGGGCGACUGUAAUUUACCACGCUGCUUCUUCAGGUAACGAGCAACGGAACCACGCCAAAUUCACGGCAAAUUCGACCUUUAACGCGGAUAAUGCCGGAUUCUAAUU